CGCCUUAGUCCCUGCAGCAGCAGCAGUAGCAGCAACAGCUGUCUCUGUGUCUCUGUCUCUCUGUGUCUCUGUCUCUGUGUCUCUGUGUGUUACAGGUUGAUGUGUGGUGUGAUGACUGUUGAUGUUUGAGUGUGUGACAGAGGAGUGGGAGCUUCUGGAAGCUUCCAUGUUGAAAUGUGGUCACUUAAGUGAGAGAAAAAGAGGAAAUGUGUGAGUGUUUUAUAUCGUAGCUGGAGGACAACACACCGAGGUGAGAUGAGGGACCGACUGUAUGAGCUGCAGAAUUUCACUCUGCAACCUGUAGAGGAGACGCACAGUCCUGAGGAGAACUACAACCACCCCCCUGAUGACGAGGAGCUCCUGGAGCAGCAGGCCAUCGUGUUUGAUGGAGAAGACCUGAUAGAAAGCAUGCACAGGGAGGUGCAGACCAUGAGGAAGAAUAUUCAGCAGCUCCGGACGGACGUCAAGCGUCUCGGGAAGCAGAACAGCAGGUUCCUCACGUCUGUCAGGAGGAUAAGCAGCAUCAAGCGGGACUCCAACGCUCUGGGGCGAGACAUCAAGGUCAGAGGUGAGGCCAUUUAUGCACGGUUGGAGCAGAUGGGGAAGCUGUGUAAGCACCUGGAUGAGGAGCAGGGGCCGACCUCCGCUACUGCUCGCAUGGUGCGCUCACAGUAUGUAUCGCUGACCAACACCUUCCACAACGCCAUAUCUGAGUACAACGAAGCCGAGAUGGCCCAGAGGGAGAACUGCAAAACACGCAUCCAGAGGCAAGCCGAGAUCAUGGGCAAGGAGGUGAGCAGGGAGCAGAUAGACGAGAUGAUCGAGACGGGCAAGUGGAACGUCUUCUCCGAUAAUCUCCUCCUUGAAGGAAAGACUGCAAGGUCGGCUCUCAGUGAGAUUGAGACCCGGCACAAGGAGCUUCUGGAGCUGGAGGGCCGCAUCAGGGACAUUCAUGAGCUUUUCUCUCAGAUGGCCAUGCUGGUGGAGGAGCAGGGCUGCAUGCUGGACAACAUAGAGGCAAACGUCAGUGCUACUGAGGACUACGUCACCAAGGCUUCAGCUCAGGUCAAGAAGGCUGUGAGAUACAAGAAAAACAAUCCGUGCAAGAAAAUCUUUUGCUGUUGCUUCCCUUGCUGCAACUAAUCGGCAGAUCAGCUCUGUUUUUCUUCUUUUUUGUGCUUUAAUUUGUGGAUUUAUUUAAAACUUAAGUGCAUAACUUUUAAAUAUUAACAAAUGUAUGUAACCACUAAGCUGAUCAGCGCCACAUGACUCACUGUUUUUCUCAGCACAGCAGUGUUUAGAUCUUGUGUCGCCCGUUGACAAUAAGCCGCCAUGCACAGAAAGUGAUUCGUUUAACGUCAAGACAGAUGGAGACAGCAACAUUGCGCUAGUAAAGUAAGACACUUGUCCCUUAGGCCAGUUGUCCUGGUGUCCUCCUUCACAACAUCCACAGCAAACAAAUAAUGUUGCACUUGUUUCUGUUCACAAAGACCAAACAGAGGUUGAAUGAUACCAUCAUUAAGUAAAAUCUCCAAAUGUUAUGCACUGCAGCUUUAACUGUAAUGAAUCAAUGACUCUACUCGUCUCUUUACCGAGCCAGUUUCAAACCACAAGUUCAUAUGCAAACACAGUGUUUCGUUAGAUAAGGGUGUUACAUUUCCUGAUUGUUACUGAGAACAGCUUAGACAUGUCAGGUCUUACUGCCGUGUCUUUGGUUCAUAGCGACAGUGUAAUUACUGUAAUGCACAACUAACUGCUUUUUCUUAUUCACUUUCACAUUUCUAACUUGUUUUAUAACCCUAUGAAAGUCGUGUUAAGUAUGAUUUACACGCCUUUUAAAUGCUUUUUUUUUUUAAAGUGGCACACUGUGGUCGUCAGUGUGAACCUGGAGCAGAAAGUACGGCCUAUUUCUCGUUACGGCCGUUGCCUCACACUUCUUUAGAAAUGCAUUUAGGACAAAACAGACACAACCUCUGAUUGUGGUUAACCUGUUGUGUGUAGUUACCACCACCUACAGACAGGAUCUUAAGUUAGCUUAGCGCUCAGUGAUAAAACUGUCUGAGCUUCAGUCGUCCUUGUUUCCCCAUCACGUUGGUGCUAUAGGGCCUGUUAGGUUUUCUCUGAUAUUUACAAAUGCAUACAUGUGUUUUCAUUUAGGGAGAGUAACGACAACAGAGAGGAUGACAAACUGAUCAGGUCAGAUGACUUUCUGUUUGCACAGCGGGCCUAUCCCUCAGCCCUGUUAAUGAGAGUAAAACUGAAAUGAUUGUAUAUGACUGUGUCUCUUACACCCACUAGGGGAAUCCCAUUCAGUAUGAAAAUGAGACCCUCUCAUAUGUGUGAGCAUCGUACUGUACGCAGCACACACACACCACAGUCUCUUCUUCUGUGUUGAAAUGGGUGCGCAAUGACUGCACUUCCUCUCUUGUGUGUGUGAGGGGAAAAAAUGUACCAACAGCAUGACUGGCUUUAUUUGCACUGUGGUUUAAUUGGUUUACUCAGUCAGACCCGUUCUCCCAUUGUUGUGUUGAUCUUGUCUUUGGAUCAUUGUCGUCAUGAGUCUGUGUGAUGUGAUGUGUGCUCACAGCAACCAGGAUGGCCGAGUGGUUAAGGCGUUGGACUUAAGAUCCAAUGGACAAUAGUCCUCGUGGGUUCGAACCCCACUCCUGGUAGGAAAUGGAAGUUUUAAAAUCAGAAUAUUUGUAGUACAUGAAAACCCAUUGGGAAUAUUUGAAAGCUGUUGUUGUGUGCUCCCAUGUUGGGUAUUUCCUCUAUUAACUUAAUUGUGGUGGAUCUGUUUGGACCUUGCCAGCAUCCUGUUCCAUGUUCGUACUUCAUCAAAGCGUAAAUGUCAUUUUCGGGACCUGCCCAUUUCCCCCAAAUGUCUUGCACCACAAUUCUCUAUCACUUUAUUCGAACACAUCUGGAAACAUAUAUGCAGUUUUAAAUAACCAAUGUUAAGCCAAAAAAACAGCCUUUGGAGGUAUAGUGUCAAGUAUUUAGUGUGACCUCCCCUUUCAUUUUAACAACAGCUCUUAAAUUUCUAGAGCAGUGGGCAGCAAUUGGUGACUCGUGGGCUAAAACUGGCCUGCCAGCAUCAGUAUCUGGCCGGGCAGAUGAUUUAACAAAUCUGACACAAAAAAACUACAAUUUCAUAUCGAAUUCAGAGCUUUUAUUCUGAAAAAAAUAUGGACCGCUUCAAAUAGAUUCUGUUGCUAGAAUUGACAGGUAACCUAAACUAAAUGUUUGGUUUGGAAAAUAAAAGAAGAUACAAUGUUGUGGCCCAAAUAUUCAAUUGCUUACAAAUAAAAACUGGCCUUUUUUCUACUAUUUCAUGUUGAGAAAUAUCUUCAUUGAAAAAGACAAAGCUUAUUAGUUCAUUCCAAUCCAAAUGCCAAUGAUCACAGAAUUUGACAGACAUAAAAAUGAUAAACUCGGUGAUGCCCUGAGACUUUUGCACCAAAUUAGAAAUAUUAAUGUCAAUGCUACUAUUUCUGUCAUUUUUAUGUUAUUUCUACCACUCUUACGUUUUUUUUCCCCUUGAACAUGUGACCUAGUUUUGUUCUAUAAUAAGACGAAACAAAGCCACAUAUGAUUCAUCACAGUGAAGGAACAGUAGAACAUUUCAUCCUGUCAUGUCAGGACCUCUUUUUUUAAUUUGAUGAUCUGGUGCCACCUAGUUGUAGAAGACGGGACCAUUCAUCUUUUUUUAAUCUUACCAUUGAAAUGAAGCAGUCAUGUCUCUGUUUACAGUAACUGGACAGUGAUUUUGUAAACCAGUAGUGCCCACAAAGAGGCCUGGAAUUAAGAGUAUUUUUAGUAACUUUAGCAUUAUUAUUGUUAUUAUUAUUAUCAUCUACAUGGAGUCUUACGUUUUAAAAAAAGGUAUGGGCAGUUUUGGAUUAAGAUACAUUUUUUACCUUGCAAGGUCGGGCAGUUUACGGACACUGUGCAGCAAUGUAGAGGUUUGUGUUGUUGCAUAUUAUAUAUAUAUACUGUAUAUCCAACUAUGAAAUUAAAAGGAUGUGAUGUGUUUGUGCUUAUUUGCACCUCA